AUUAAAAUUUAAAUUAUAAUGGAUCUUGUAAAAAAAAUUAUAAUUUUCUAUUGACCCAGCUAAAUUCCUUUACGGAUUAUCCGAAUUGUUUGUCCGAAAUCCGAAUUUCUCGGGUGAAAAGAUUAUUCGGGUUUUUUGUUCCGUGUCAAGCGGUUUCAUAGUAUUUUUACAAGAUGCAGUUUCUGUUUUGAUGGUUUUGAGGGACAAGGAAACGAUGUGCUAUCCUGAAAAUUUAUUUAAUUUUUAACUAAUAAAUCCCUCAAAAUCACAAGUCAGGGUUUAUUCCCUUUUGCUUGGAAUCUACUUGUCUUCUCCUUUAAUUUUUGUUUUAUUUGAUUUAAAUUUGUAUUUAAACGACAUCCAUUUCUCUGCGGCUACUUUUGUUUCUUUGAAAUCAAACCUCUCGUUAUUGCUUUGCUGGGAAGAUCGUAUCACAUUUAGCAAAUAUUCAUCCUGGCAUAUUUCAGGCAACAGAUUUGCGUCUCCUGAUAUUUUACUCUCCGAGAUUUAUCUGCAGUGGAGCUUUUGCAGUAAAGCUGCCUAAUUGACAUGAGAAAUCCUAUAUAAAGAAGCAAAUGUUUUGGUGGUGCACGCAAAGAACAAUGCGGUUCAUAUUUAAAAAAGCUUUGUUAUUUUUUCUGUUCUCCUUAUUGUUUUCUGGUUGCAUUCUGGCACAAUCUGCAAUUGAAACUUCAGAAAGGUUAAGAUCCGCACCACAUAAAAAUGUAGGGAACAAUGUCAUAGAUGGCACUGGUACAGAGAGUGCCAUUGAUUUUGAGAGCACAAGUAGCGAACUGGGUGAUAGGAAGGGCAAUUAUGACAGAGUUUCAAUAUCUACAGUUGCUUUAUUUACCUUGGCCAUGGCUGCUGCCACUGGUUUAGGUGCAGUCCCAUUCUUUUUUGUAGAGCUGGAUCCUCAGUGGGCUGGAUUAUGCAAUGGAAUGGCUGCUGGUGUGAUGUUGGCUGCUAGCUUUGACCUCAUACAAGAAGGGCAGAGCCAUGGUGCUGGUAAUUGGGUUGUGAUGGGGAUUUUAUCUGGUGGUAUUUUCAUUUUGCUAUGCAAGAAGUUUCUUGAACAAUACGGUGAAGUAAGUAUGUUGGACAUAAAAGGUGCAGAUGCAACCAAAGUUGUUCUUGUUAUCGGAAUUAUGACUCUUCAUUCAUUUGGAGAGGGUUCAGGUGUUGGAGUCUCCUUCGCUGGCUCGAAAGGUUUCUCUCAAGGCCUUUUGGUAACUUUAGCCAUUGCUGUGCAUAACAUACCAGAGGGAUUAGCUGUGAGUAUGGUUCUUGCAUCAAGAGGUGUUUCUCCACAAAAUGCAAUGUUAUGGAGUGUAAUUACAUCUUUGCCUCAGCCCAUUGUAGCAGUUCCUUCAUUCAUAUGUGCUGAUGCAUUUAACAAGUUCCUGCCUUUCUGUACUGGCUUUGCUGCUGGAUGUAUGAUCUGGAUGGUUGUUGCUGAAGUGCUUCCUGAUGCUUUCAAGGAAGCCUCUCCUUCACAGGUGGCAUCAGCAGCUACAAUUUCUGUCGCAUUUAUGGAAGCUUUAAGCACCAUGUUCCAGAAUUUCACCCAUGACUACAAUGCGGAGGAUGCUUCAGGAUUCUUUGUUUCACUGCUUUUUGGCCUUGGGCCAUUGCUUGGUGGCAUCAUUCUUGUUGCAUUUGCUCUUGCAUUCCAUCUUCAGCAUGCCCUUCUUAUGGGUGUAGCAUCUGGCAUCGCCUUUGUACUUGGUGCAUGGCGACCAUUACAGCUACUUGUGUCUUCAAAGAUGGGGGUCAUCCCUAUACUGUUUUUGCUUGCUGCAGGAGCAUUAUUUGUCCAUGUCUGUAGCUCCAGCAUUUUGACUCUUGCAGGUCGCAAAAGGGCAUCAGCAAAUAAUUUACCCACGAUAACUGGCUUUCCCAUGAGUGUUCACACCCUUCAAUCAUUCCUUUCAUGUGGAGCAGUUGCCUUCCAUGCAUUGGCAGAAGGACUUGCACUAGGAGUGGCUGCACCAAAAGCUUAUGGACUGGGUAGGCACAUGGUCCUUCCCGUCUCUUUACAUGGACUUCCCCGUGGUGCUGCUGUGGCUAGCUGCAUCUUUGGUGCUACUGACAGCUGGCACAAUGCUCUGGCAGCAGCAGCUUUAAUAGGCUUUAUGGGUCCAAUGUCUGCCAUUGGAGCAAUACUUGCAGGAAUUGACUACAGCGGUCUGGAUCAUAUAAUGGUUUUAGCGUGUGGGGGAUUACUUCCAAGCUUUGGAAGGAUAAUCCAAAGAGCACUGAGUUUGGAUACACCAAAAGGCAGUUCUGGGCUUGCAAUCGGAGUUGGUUUUGCUACUCUCUGCUUAACGUGCACCAAGUUGGUUUGCUUGCACACACCAUACUGCAAUUCUGCUCCAGAGGCUGUCAGAUGAGACCUACCGAUUUGUUAGUUGACUUAACUGAGAUAGAUGACUUGUUCAGGGAACUUAUUAUUAGAUUAUCUCAGAGAAAAAAGAAGAAGAUUAAACUAGAUUUAUGAUUACAUUGUAUACUAUUUUUCUUUUACCUUAUUUUUGGCUUUGUCAAUUCUCUAAAAGAUAUAAAAGGGAAAAAGUUGUGUAGUUA